UCGACUACCUCCAAAAAUAUUUUUCACCGGACAUUCAGUAGCCCCAAAGAGAAAAAAAAUUGUAUAAAAAGUCGACGCUGUUCUGAGGAUGGUAUCAGUUUUCGUUUAUCGCUCAAACAAACUAAACAACAAACCAACUAUCAACAUGUUCAAAGUUAUCGCUUUCGUCUUCAUGCUUAUCGCUUGCGCCUGCGCCAAGCCAAAGCCAGAUAUAUUUUACAGUUCACCAGUUGUGACGGCUCCAUUGGCUGCCAGUGUCUAUAGCCCAUAUGCAUAUGGCGCAUACAGUGCUUAUCCAUCAUACUACUCGGCCUACUCCCCAUACUAUGCAUCAGCAUACUCAGCAUACGCUUCACCAUACAUCUUGUAAAUCAUAUCACAGUGAUUUCCAAUAGUUGUACUACAUUUGCUGAUAGAAUCAAAUACUCUUUCCCGGCCCAAAACGAAUCUAAAUCAACGUUUUAUUUUCAAUUUGUAACCAUUUGUGUGAAGAAAAUCCAAUAGCUGAAAAUAAAAUGCAAACAUUUUUCUACUGAAACAAAA